AUGGCCGAAAGCACCUCACAGACCCUAGCCCCAGUCCCGACCAUCCCCGCAGGCUACACUAUCCGCGCGGGUCUCCCGUCGGCCCAAACAUACCGGGACCUGCGAUCCGGAGCGGGCAUCAUCCCCGUCACGGCCGAACAGGCCGAGGCGGCGGUCAAGGGGACGUGGUACGGGUGCCACAUCGUCCACACGUCGGCGUCGUCGUCGGAGACCAUCGUCGGCAUGGGCGCCGUCAUCGCCAACGGCAGCUGGUACUUUCACAUCGUCGACGUCGCCAUCCUGCCCGAGCACCAGCGCAAGGGGCUGGGCAAGGCGGUCAUCCACGCGCUCAUGGAGUACAUCCUGGCCAACAAGGCGGAGGGCAGGCCGUUCAUUUGCCUCUCUGCGUCGGUAAAGGGCGUCAGUCUGUACAGAAAGUGUGCGUUCAUGGACGGGGAGAAUUUUGGCGAGACUGGCAUGGUGUGGGAGGGGACUUAUCCUGAGAUAGUGAAGGAGAUCAGGGAGGCGGAGGAGGCUCGGUCUUGA